CUGGACCUGACAACACGUUGUCUUCUGUGCUGUUGCUCAUUUUGAUAACAAUGACUCAUCCAAUAGAUGAUUUUCCCUCUGCUCAGCCAAAGAGUUGCCAAGGCAUACACACCCAGGAGAGCGGUGAUGCUGGCUUCUCCUCUGACAUGAAGCACAAGCUCAUUGAUUAUUACAAUGAAAAUACUUCUGUGAGACCCAUUCCUAAGGAGGAAUCAUACAUCUCUGAGACUGGAAUGGCAGGAAAUGGUGUGAUGUCUGUGCCCCUUGCUGAAGAAAGUUUUACUGGCUAUGCAAAGCCUGAGUCACACUCUGUGUCUGCUGAGGGGGGGUUAUUAAAACCAUCUACUGUAGUUGUGACUCAAGAAGACAACUUUCCACAACAAGCCACACCAAUAGCGCGAUCAAAGAAAGGCCUGGAGGAGGAAGUUGCCACUGCUUUAACCGGAACAACAACCAUUACCGAGGUACGACCGGAUGUAGAGGGAAUAGCUGAAGGUGGCUGCAUAAUUAACACGGACAUGAACAAAGUGGGAAAUGCAGAAGAAAUAAAAGGCCCUGGGGAAAUGAGAAACAGGAACCGCCCCAGGAAAAGAGAUGCUGGGAACAGAUGGAAAGUGUGCUUUUCGUGUUUGGUGGCAUUUACACUCUUUGCUACCAUCUGUGAGGGCCUUCCAGAUAAGUGCUUCACCUGCCUUGAUAAGGAGAAAUGCCAAAAAAUCAAUGCCAUACAUGGCUUGAACGACGAGCAUCUGUACUAUAGAGAGCCUGGACAAGCAUUCCCAGAAUGCUGUGCAGUCUCUUCCUCUAAUCAUAGCUGCACUGUGUGCAUCAUCCAAGCCAACAUCACCAUCAUCUGCCCUGAGGCUGUAGGCACACUGGAAGUGGAAGAUGUUGAUUCAAAUCUUUUGAGCAUCUCUCCUUUCUGUGAACAGAAACAGCUCUGUAGCGGUGCCAUACGAUCUAUGGGCCAUCCACAUUAUGGAGGGAUUUGUAGCUUGGCUCUCUUUCUGAUUGUCGGCAGAGCUCUGGUGGUCUGAAAUGAUUAAAAGUGGUCAACAGCUGAAGAGGACACAAGUUCUUGCCAAGCUUUUUGUGUUUUGCUAUUUUUAUCUUUUGUGCUUUGAAAUUGCUUUUGCUGCCAUAUAGAAAAUAGCUGCAUAGGUUAGUUCUAUUUCGUAUAGUCUUAGCCUAUGGGUAGUCCUGAAGUGCAGGUUGGUCGCAAAAAGACAUCUUUUCAGGACUACGCAUGCGCGAGGGAUAAACCCAAUAGGGACAACUCUUAAGAGAACUACGCCUGUACUCAUAGAAGCUUGGGUUACUGUACGUAACCAUCGUUUUAUAAUCGUUGGGACAGCUGCUGUUUGGUUAGCAGGGCUGCAACUCAUGAUUAUUUUCAUUUUUUUUGUACGAUGGGGACGUUUAGGCCUUUUUAUUGAAAAAUGACCGAAUUAAUUACCAAAUUAACGGCAGAUAAUUUUCCUGUUGAUCACCUAAUUGCUUCUUUGACCAGCUCUCAGCUUGAUGGCUAAUAAUUAUGUAUGAAAUAAGCUUGCUGCUAA